CAUCCUGCCCGUGCAGCACGGAAGCAGGGCAGAGCCCGUCUUCCUUCUUUCCUUUUUUGGAUCUGCGUGCACACGGUCCCUAACGGAGCCGGUUCUGCGAUACCAAGAACAGAAACCAAAUCACUACAGAGCCGCACGACUACCGGCGAUCCCCUCCCCGCGGCGUUACCACGAUCAUCGCGAACCAUCCUUACACCCCGCACCAACCCAGUGCCCUACAGCAGCUCCAGUUUAUGCCCAUUGCCUCUUGACCUGUUGCUAGAUACCACCAAGAGGAGUCUGGCUCCAUCUCUACAUCCUGUAUCAGUAACAUCCUCUACAUCUGAAGAUGUCCAACAAUGGAGUUGAAACAGAAGACAAACCACCUGCUCCUCCGAUGAGAAACACCAGCACCAUGAUUGGAUCAGGAAGCAAAGACACUGGGACUUUAAACCAUGGCUCAAAACCUUUGCCUCCCAACCCAGAAGAAAAGAAGAAGAGGGACCGAUUUUACCGAUCUAUUUUACCAGGAGAUAAAACCAAUAAAAAGAAAGAGAAGGAGCGGCCGGAGAUCUCCCUCCCUUCUGACUUCGAACACACGAUUCAUGUGGGAUUUGAUGCGGUCACUGGAGAAUUCACAGGAAUGCCAGAGCAAUGGGCACGCUUACUACAGACUUCCAACAUCACCAAGUUAGAGCAGAAGAAGAACCCCCAGGCAGUGCUGGAUGUACUGGAGUUUUACAACUCCAAGAAGACCUCCAGCAGCCAGAAGUACAUGAGUUUCACAGAUAAGUUGGCAGAGGAAUACAAUUCUUCAAAUACACUGAAUGUGAAAGCUGUGUCUGAGACCCCUGCGGUGCCCUCAGUGUCUGAAGAUGAAGAUGAUGAAGACGAUGCAGCUCCACCCCCUGUGAUAGCUCCACGACCUGAGCACACCAAAUCUAUAUACACCCGCUCUGUGAUAGAUCCCCUUCCUCCUCCUACCAGAGAUGUGGCCACCUCUCCAAUUUCUUCUCCUUCGGAAAACAGCACAGCGGCACCCGACAUGCUGGUCAGGAACGCGGAGAAACAAAAGAAAAAGCCAAAAAUGUCAGAUGAAGAGAUUUUGGAAAAAUUAAGAAGCAUCGUGAGUGUGGGUGAUCCAAAAAAGAAGUACACGCGUUUUGAGAAGAUUGGGCAAGGAGCCUCAGGUACAGUUUAUACAGCAAUGGAUGUAGCUACAGGACAGGAGGUUGCAAUCAAACAGAUGAAUUUGCAGCAGCAGCCCAAAAAGGAAUUGAUCAUCAAUGAAAUCCUUGUAAUGAGGGAAAACAAAAACCCCAACAUUGUCAACUACUUGGACAGUUACCUUGUAGGAGAAGAGCUCUGGGUAGUCAUGGAGUACUUGGCAGGAGGCUCCCUAACAGAUGUUGUUACAGAGACCUGCAUGGACGAAGGACAGAUCGCAGCUGUGUGCCGAGAGUGUCUUCAGGCUCUGGAAUUCCUCCACUCAAACCAAGUUAUUCACAGAGACAUCAAGAGUGACAACAUCCUGCUGGGAAUGGAUGGCUCUGUCAAACUAACUGACUUUGGCUUCUGUGCCCAGAUCACUCCUGAGCAGAGCAAACGCAGCACCAUGGUGGGGACCCCGUACUGGAUGGCACCUGAAGUGGUGACACGGAAAGCGUACGGGCCCAAAGUGGACAUCUGGUCGCUGGGGAUAAUGGCCAUCGAGAUGAUUGAAGGAGAACCCCCCUACCUCAACGAGAACCCCCUGAGAGCCCUGUAUCUCAUUGCUACCAAUGGGACUCCAGAAUUGCAGAAUCCAGAAAAGCUUUCACCCAUAUUCAGAGACUUCUUAAAUCGCUGUCUUGAAAUGGAUGUGGAAAAAAGAGGUUCUGCAAAAGAGCUGCUACAGCACCAGUUCCUGAAAAUUGCAAAGCCUCUUUCUAGCCUCACUCCUCUAAUUAUUGCUGCUAAAGAGGCAGCAAAGAACAACCAUUAAAGUGACGGAGUUAACAUAGUCAUCGUGUCAAAGCCUUUUAGAUGUCCAUGAGAGACUGAGUUACCUGCUCCUCUCCUUCCCUCCUGUCCCUCCUUCACGAGGAUGUUCUUCAAACUUUGAUCUGUGCUGAAGGGUAGCAGAGGAAUUGUUUGCUGAAUGUGGAACGGCGUGCCACGAGAACAUUGCUGAUCUUACAGAGUGAACUGUCUUUCCAUCUGUCUGGAUGGGGGCAGGAGGGGAAGGAUAUAUUUUAUAGCCAGGAAGAUCUGGGAACAUCCGAACCUGACCUACACAUAGCAAAGCCAGUUUGUUUUCAUAUUACUGUGUUUAUUUUUUAACAAUUAUGUGGAGCCUUAGACCGUGUUUAUCUUAAUAAAUGAAAUCUUUCGCUGGCUGGAUUCUUCCUGCUUCUGCCAGGCUGCUCUUACACCGCUGAAGCUGCUCUGUGCAAUGGAUGAGGCGAGCAGGGAUCGAAGCAGCAGCAGAAACUUGAACAGCUCUAACAACUGGAAGGGGAGUGAGGGCAGGAGCACGCAGCCCUCCUGCAGCACUGCUGGAUGCUUCGAGGGAGCGAGGAGAAAGCCUGAGUGUGCUUCGUGUGGCUGCUGGGCAGUUUCAUUCACGGGUGAUCUUUCGGCCAAAUCGUGUGAAUCAAGGUCUCUUCCCCGCACGCUUUCGUUUCAGCUCAACUGGUUAAACAGAUUUCAAAUAUUUCUGAUAUUCUAGAAAAAUCAGAGGAGAAAUGAAUAGAGAUUUCCUUUAGGGUUACUUUAUCAGUGCUCUGAGGCUUCACGGAGCCCUGCCCUGUAUGAUAAAACAAACAGAGCAAUUACUAUUCUGAAGAUAAGAUUUGCCUGCACGAUGAUGUUGACGACUCUUGUUUCUUAGAGCAAGUCCAACAGAAAACAAACUGAUCAUGGAUGCUGUUUGCCUGAAAACAUCGGGACAUUAAUUUUCUUGGAAUGAGGGAAAUAACCUGGUAUCUUCAUGCUACUGACUCCUUUGGUUGCUAAUGAUCUGUAAAAACAAAACAAAACAAAACAAAACAGGAAACCUGGAACUACUAGAGAGAUUGGUUGUAAACACUGGGCUUACAUUCAACUGUAUACUGAUUUUUAAUAAAAUGACUGUUGAAUUUCUUAACUUGGGGCUGAGGGAGGAUUGGAGAAUUCACUGUCACCGAAGAGUUCUGUCAGAUGGGAUUAUUUUUCAUGUUAUUGUCACUGGGUGCUUGAAGGUGACAGAUAAAGUGAUAAAAGCUUCUGUAGCCCUAUGGGAUAGCAGGUGGCUCUGAAGGGGAGUAACUACACAUCGAGGGAAAGGAUGAAAGAUCUCUGUGUGCUCGCUGUACAUAUUGCUUUGGUUAUUUAAGGGGUGAGUUUAUAUCAGUUCUGGAGUAAAUUUCCCUCCCUCCCCAAAACACUUGUGUUGCACAGAAACUCAUUCCUGCUUCUUGCUGCUCAGCCAGUCCUUUCCUCUCUGGCCCAGGCCUGUGAUCCAAAUACACAUUUCCCCCACUCACUUUACAGUAUGUGACAGCACUUACACUGGUUUUGCAGAUACGGUUUGCAAAGUCUCUCACAUUUUUGGUGCCUUCCCGUCCUUUGUGCCAUGGGGUGGUCACUCUUUGAUUUGAGGCUACCGUGUCUGAAGUCCAUUGCCAAAUCUGCUGCCUUCUUCCCUUUGUGUACAUUUUUCAUCUCCAUGUAAGAUUGAGAGUUUCCUCUCACAAGAUGAAUUCCUUGGGCAAAACAGUAAAGCUGGCAGCCUUGGGGGAAUCUGAUUUAUUGGUGAGCUGCUCUGUUUGCAGCUUAGGUGAGACUGGGAAAGGGGAGGCCACUUACCCUUGAAUCAUUCUCUUUGAUAAGGAGUUUGUUUUUAUUGUCUGUGAAGUAUCAGAAUGGCAUAUGUGGGGAGAGGGGUAUGAUGGGCUAGAUCUCACUUGAGCUAAAAUCUAAUGUGGCUCUGGUCUUACAGACUCAGCAGUUGACUUCUUUUGACAGCCCACGACCCAUGAAUCAUAGAAUGGCUUAGAUUGGAAGGGACCUCAGAGAUUGUCUAGUUCCAGCCCCCAGUGCAUGUGCUGUAUGUCCCUGCCUUCCCUUCUCCUUCCUUUCCCACUUCCCCUUGGCAUCCCAUAGACCUUCUGAAUUGUACUACAGAUAUGCCCUAUCUGCCAGCACAUCCACGAGCUUACUUUUCUGCAGAAGGACUUCUGCUACACUUCAAGAAGAAGGAGAAAAGGGUUCUUUCCAUCUCAGUUCCUCUCUUGGAUUCUCUGUUGCCUACUGAAAAAGAAUCGACGUGAACGUCUUUACUCCUGUCCGUACAUUGGUAGUUUGCUUGUGUCCCUUGACUUCAGCUUUUUUAAUUGGUCCUUACUGGUUUUCAACAGCUGCUUGAGAGCUAUGUACUAAGAAGCUGUAAGGCAGUGACAGUGACACAUCAGCCUGUCCCAGGCUUUUUUUUUUACCCACCUGUGAUGAGAAAGAAGUCAAUUUGCCAUGAUGUGCCUGGCCCCAGUUCCAAGUUAACAGAAACAUCAUAUUUAAAAAAAAUAAUAAUAAAAAAUAGAGAUUGUAGUUACCUGAAGCUUAGGAGGAACAGAAAUGUUUUUCAUCCUGAGAUGCAUCGUUUUCUCCACUCUAUCUUCAUCACCUGGUUUCAGCACCUGUAUCAGCUCUUGCAGCAGAUUCCUGGCACUAACGAGAGCUCUUAAAUUGCUCUUGAAUGACUUAGGAAGUCACCUCUGUGGCUUAUUUUCCUGCAGACAUCUUGACUGCUGUGAUUUGGAGAGCUGCUUUGGUGGCUUUCCUGUUGGUUUAUCCUUUGUUUGAGCCUACUGUAUGAACUGAUUCUACUGAGUCUGAGCCCUUUUUAGUCACAGCCCUUAAUUAUUUAUUUGAUUAUUAAUAUUAGAUUCUCUUCUAUAUUAGAACAUGCGGUAUUAAGUUGUUUGACUAUCCAUUCUGAAAACCUGCUUCCUUUUUUAAGGGAUCUUAGAUGAGCCUAUCAGGUUAGGUGUAGAAGUGGUAUAAUGUGCUACAGCUUACAAAGCAGAGAAUCAUUUAGGUUGGAAAAGAGCACUAAGAUCAUCUCAUCCAACUGCUGACCCAUCACCACCAUGCCCACCAGCCAUGGCCCUGCAGCAUGUAACAGCCAGUUGCUUCUGAGCUGAGAUUCCCAUUGCUGUUCUGAUGCAUCUGUCUCUCAGAACACCACGGGUUGGUAUCAGUAGGCGAUAUUUGCAGCAAAGGACUUUGCCAAAAUGGUCUGAAAUGGCCAACGGUAGGUUGGUACUUGCUUUUAAAUUUGCCAGUCUUUGAAAGGUUCAGACCAAAGUCCUAGGGGAUAGAUACUUGUUUGAGCAUCAUUCCUAGCUAAGAGCUGGCAAUUCCAUUUGGACACUUGAUAAUAAUUUAAAUAUUACAGAAUCACAGAACUGUAGGGCUUGGAAAGUUCCUCAGGAGGUCAUCGAGUCCAACCCCCUUGCUGAAGAAUGUGCCCUUCAGUAGGUGGCACCGGUAGACGGCCAGCCAGGUCUUGAGCAUCUCCAUAGAAGAAGACUCCACCACCUCUCCAGGCAACCUGUUCCAGUCCUCUAUCACCCUUACCAUAAAGAAAAGUUUAAAAAGUUAUUAUAAAAUUGUAAAAAAGUUGUUAAGAAAUUAAAAUUGUCAAAGAUGAA